AUGGGGCAGGAGGGCUCAGAAGGUGGGGAGGGGUCGCCAUUGCAGCUGCAGGUGGAAGUGAUGGUGAGGGAGGGCCGGGCCCUGGCGGUCCUGGGAUGGUGGGAGCUGCUCCGGGGCCUGCUGGUGUUCGCCCUCUGCUCCCACCCCCGGCUGCAGCAGGACCCCGAGGUGUUCCUGCGGGCGUCCCGCCGGGUUCUGGGUGCCCGUCUAUGGCGGGCCCUUCUCUCCGUGUCCCUUUGGGGACAGUUUGCGGUCGGCCGGAGCCCGGCGGCCGUGCAGGAGCUGGGCCAGCGGCUCCGGGCUCGUGGCCUGCGGCCAUUGCUGGCCCUGCCCAUCGAGGGUGAGGGACCUGAUGGAGAGGGCGAGGCCUGGUUUGAGCAGAACUGUGGGGCAGCCCUGCAGUGUGUGGGGCUGGCGGCCGCCUCGGGCCCCGAGCCCGCCAUGCAGCUCAAGGUGACGGCGCUGCUGAGCCAGCGGCUCUGCGAGAAAAUCUCGCUCCGAUUGGCCGAGCCAGAAGGGGCGGGGCUUAACCCAGAAGAGGUGGCGGCCAUGUUGGGCGGCCAGCAGCUGCCGGAGCUCACCUGGCUCAGCCCGGCCGAGAACGAGCACCUGGGGAGGGGCCUGAGGAGACUGGAGAGGGUGGCACAGGCCGCGGUGUCCCGUGACGUUCAGGUGUUGGUUGAUGCUGAGAUGUCUCACCUGAACCCCGCCCUCACCUGCCUCACCUGGGGGCUGAUGUGGAGGCACAACCGGGAGGGGCCCCGAGCCCGCGUCUGGCACACCUGGCAGGCCUACCUGAGGGACACCGAGGCCGCCCUGGGCGCUCACCUGGCCCAGGUGGGCGGGGCCGGCCUCAGCUGCGGGGUGAAGUUGGUGCGCGGGGCUUACCUGGCCCAGGAGCAGGGGCGGGCCCGGGCCGUUAAUUUGGGCUACCAUCGCUGCCUGAGGCUCCUCCUGUCCGCCCUGGCCCGGCCGCGCUCGCGCCUCUCGCUCAUGGUGGCCACGCACAACGAGGACUCGGCCCUGGCUGCUCUCAGGGGGCUGUCCCGGGUCCCACCCGGCUCCGUUUGCUUUGGGCAACUGCAGGGGAUGGGGGAGAACCUGAGCCUGGCCCUGGGUGACUGUGUCCUGCAGGCCUGGGGGGGGCUCCCCGUGUACAAAUCGGUGGCUCUGGGUCCCCCCGAGGUGACGAUCCCGUACCUGGCGCGGAGAGCGGCCGAGAACCGCGGGGCCCUGGGCGGGGCCAGGCGCGAGCGACAGCUCCUGUGGGCGGAGCUUGGGCGCAGGCUCCGCCCCUGGGCCUGA